AAUCAGCGAAAAUGAGAGAUACUCCAGCGCAUGUGCGAUUUUUUGUUCUUGUUUUCUACAAUAAAAAAUUAUCAUUUGUUUACCUUGAGCUCCUCUUCAAAUGCCGGCUAGAUAUAUAAAUACUGAAUGCGAGUUUGCUCCCCACAACUAGUUUUCGAGCGACAGCGUGAAGCUCACAAUCUGCUGAUAUUCCGCAUUUUCUGGUAAUUGAAAAAAAAACACAAGAAAUGUUCGUUUUCUUGGCGCUCAUACUGCUAUCAUCAGCGCUCAUCUGGAACGCGCUUAAACGACACUACACCUAUUGGCAACGUCGUGGCGUGCCACAGGUGACACCACGUUAUGUGGUUGGCAAUGUAGAGCGCGCUGCCGGCGGUCAGGUGCAACUACGUUACUUCAAUCAGCGUCUCUACGAGGAGUACAAGCAAAGCCGUCCCUUUGUCGGCAUGUACAUCUUCUUUACGCGCGCUGCGCUCAUACUAGAUUUGGAUGUGAUUAGAGAUAUUUGUAUAAGUAAGUUUUCAAAUUUUCAAGAUCGUGGCGUUUUCGCCAACCCGCGCGAUGAUCCACUCACCGGUCACCUCUUUCGCCUGGAGGGCGCACAAUGGCGUGCCAUGCGCAAUAAACUUACGCCCGUGUUUUCGUCCGGUAAUAUGAAAUUUAUGUUCCCCACCGUAGUGCAGGUGGGCAGUGAGUUGGUGCAUGCUUGCCGCAGGGCGAUUGAGGAGAAUUUAUCCGAGGGUAACAUCGAAAUGAAAGAACUAUGUGCGCGUUACACCACCGAUGUGAUUGGCACUUGCGCUUUUGGUAUUGAGUGCAAUAGCCUACGCGACCCACAGGCUGAAUUUAGACGUCGCGGUCAUGCGGUUUUCACCGAACCACGACACACACAACUCGUUCAGACAUUCAUGUUGAUGAAUCCAGAUUGGGCGCGUCGCAUGCGCUUGAAGUUCUUUCCCGAUCACAUCAUACAAUUCUACGUGGAUGUGGUGCGUCAGACGGUGGAGUUGCGGCAGCGUGAGAAAAUUAAGCGUAAUGAUUUUAUGGACUUGCUUAUCGCUUUGAAAGCGGAUGAUGAACGUUUGUCGCUCAACAGUGAUGGUAUUGAUCUCUCGCAGGGUUUGACGCUGCUGCAAAUGGUUUCACAGGCUUUUGUCUUCUUUGUGGCUGGUUUCGAUACAUCCUCCACAACUAUGUCAUUAUGUCUAUAUGAACUCGCUUUGAAUGAGACGAUACAGCAAAAGGCUCGUGCAGAAAUCGAGCGGGUGCUGGUAGCGUAUAACAAUCAGCUAACCUACGAGGCAUUGAAUGAAAUGCAGUACCUUGAACAGACUGUAGAUGAGACACUCCGCAAAUAUCCCGUCGUACCUUAUCUGGUGCGCAAAGCCAAAGAAGACUACGUGGUGCCAAAAACCAAUGAAGUUAUCGAGAAGGGUUGCUUAGUGGUUUUGCCUGCGCAUGCUAUACAGCACGAUGCCGUAUUAUACCCCGAGCCAGAUAAGUUUGAUCCAGAUCGUUUUACACCUGAGCUAAGUCGGAAGCGCCAUGCGGCCGCUUACAUGCCAUUCGGCAUCGGACCACGCGCUUGCAUUGGCUUACGCUUCGGUAAAAUGCAAGCCAAGAUUGGGCUAGUCAAUUUGCUACGCCACUUUCGAUUUAGCAAGUCGCCGCGCACUCAAGUGCCUCUACAAUUCACCGAACGCAUUUUCCAGAUAACUCCCGUCAGUGGCAUACAUUUGAGAGCGGAGGCAUUGAAGUAGACGAUAGAGAUGAAGAUAAAAGCAUUUACUAUUUCUUGUACGAAGUAAAAACCUUCUAUUAGAGACAGUUUCAGGCAGUGAAAAUAUAAAUUACUUACAGAUUACUAAAACAAAAACAAAAGUCUUUAUAACUAUAAGAAAAAAUUUUCUUCUGGAGAGUUUUUCCUUGUCCUCUACUCUAUGGGGAAAGGAAUUCAGAGCAUUCCUCGCACUUAUGGGCGAAUAAGGCUUUAGGUUUCUCUCAAGACUUUAAACCAUAUUUUUUAACCUUUUGAGAAUUUCAAGAACACGAACGAAAUCGAAAGUCGCUUGAAUGAAUUUCCAAGCAGAUUUUAGAAUUUAUCUUAAGAGUGUUACCCUCUCUUAAGUCAAAUACAAAAUUUCAACGUAUAUUAAUCGAAUUCUUUAAAAACGUCGCGCUCGGUCUUUAAUGAUGCAUAGUAAUUU